CAGGCGCCCCUCAGCAUGGCCGGGGCGGCGCUGGGCCCGCCGGGCCCUCCGGUGAAGGUGCUGGCGGCGCAGCUGCGGCGGGCGGAGCGCGGCGCGGGCGGCACCUGGGAGCUACGGCGGGCGGCGGCCGGCCGGGCGCCGCUGUUCCUGCGAGCCGUGUGGAUGCAGGGUACCGUGCUGGAGGUGCAGCGCGGUGCGGAAGGCGGCACGGCCCGGCUGCAGGACAGCAGCGGCGCCUUCACCGUGCUGGGCGUGGAGCAGGUGCCGCAGGGCCGGCCGUGCCUCAGCGCAGGGAAGUAUGUAAUGGUGAUGGGUGUGGUGCGGUCCUGCAGUCCGGAGCCCAUUCUUCGAGCAAUAAAGAUGACAGAUCUCUCUGAAAACCCCAUUCAUAAGAAUAUGUGGAACCUUGAAGUGGAGGAUUUGCACAGAGUCAUCCCCUAAUACUUUUACUUUCUGCCUAAAAGAACUGGAAAUUUGUUUUCUUUUACUUUUUGGUGCAGAACAUUGGACUAUUCUGUGUAACCACUCCUGGAAUAAGCCAAAGUGAGAAGUUGGGCUCAGUUAAGCAUAGGGACCACUGCUUAUCUGUUAAUAAUCACAGUUAAUGUCUCCCAGUCUCUUUUUACACCAACAUAUUUGAGAAGUGCCUAUUUGAUGUUUUGAUUAAGAUGUCCACUCUAUUAAAAAGGCUGUAUGUUUGUUUCUCUGUGUGUUAGCUGCUGCUUGGGGGAGCUCUUGUUGAGGCAGUUGUUCUACAGCAGGGUGUUCAUGGCAGCAAGGGCUGCACAGGACUGUUACUGAACUCAGUACCUGGCAUCAAGGCAAAAUGUGUUUCAAUCCAUUUAGGCUGUGCUUGGAAAUAAUCGUUUUCACCUGUGUUUUCUGUUUCAGUAAUCACCAUGUCUGUAAACUGCUUGUAAGACAGGUGUCUCUUGGUAACAAUUAGCAGUGUCUUGUACUUAAAAUACCUCUCUAGUUUCUGAAAUACGGAAAGUGUACUGACCCCUCUGUUCUAGUGAAGUGAAGUUAAUAAAAAGAUGUGAUGCUUGAUUCCUUGGAA